AUGCAUUGUGAGAGGUUUCUAUUUAUCCUGAGAAUAAUUGGAACCACACUUUUUGGAGUCUCUCUCCUCCUUGGAAUCACAGCUGCUUAUAUUGUUGGCUUCCAGUUUUUCCAAACAGAUAAUUACUACUUCUCUUUUGGACUGUAUGGUGCCUUUUUAGCAUCACACCUCAUCAUCCAAAGCCUGUUCGCCUUUUUGGAGCACCGAAAAAUGAAAAAAUCCUUAGAAACUCCCAUCAAAUUGAACAAAACUGUCGCUCUUUGCAUCGCUGCGUAUCAAGAAGACCCAGACUACUUACGGAAAUGUUUGCAAUCUGUGAAAAGGCUCACCUACCCUGGGAUUAAAGUGGUCAUGGUCAUCGAUGGGAACUCAGAAGAUGACCUCUACAUGAUGGACAUCUUCAGUGAAGUCAUGGGCAGGGACAGGUCAGCCACUUAUAUUUGGAAGAACAACUUUCACGAGAAGGGGCCCGGGGAGACAGAGGAGUCCCAUAAAGAAAGCUCCCAACAUGUCACCCAGUUGGUCUUGUCCAACAAAAGUAUUUGCAUCAUGCAAAAAUGGGGUGGAAAAAGAGAAGUCAUGUACACGGCCUUCAGAGCACUGGGACGGAGCGUGGAUUAUGUGCAGGUUUGUGAUUCAGACACCAUGCUAGACCCAGCCUCAUCUGUGGAGAUGGUAAAAGUUUUAGAAGAAGACCCCAUGGUUGGAGGAGUUGGAGGAGAUGUCCAGAUUUUAAACAAGUAUGAUUCCUGGAUAUCCUUCCUCAGCAGCGUGAGAUACUGGAUUGCUUUUAACAUAGAAAGGGCCUGUCAGUCUUAUUUUGGGUGUGUCCAGUGCAUUAGUGGACCCCUGGGGAUGUACAGAAACUCGCUGCUGCAUGAAUUUGUGGAAGACUGGUACAAUCAGAAAUUUAUGGGCAGCAAAUGCAGUUUUGGUGAUGACCGGCAUCUAACGAACAGAGUGCUGAGUCUGGGCUAUGCAACAAAAUACACAGCUCGGUCCAAGUGCCUUACGGAGACACCUGUCGAGUACCUCCGAUGGUUAAACCAGCAGACCCGUUGGAGCAAGUCAUACUUCCGAGAGUGGCUGUACAAUGCCAUGUGGUUUCAUAAACAUCACUUGUGGAUGACCUACGAAGCGGUUAUCACUGGAUUCUUCCCUUUCUUUCUCAUUGCCACAGUAGUCCAGCUCUUCUACCAGGGCAAAAUUUGGAACAUCCUCCUCUUCUUGUUGACUGUCCAGUUAGUCGGUCUCAUCAAAUCAUCCUUUGCCAGCUGCCUUAGAGGAAAUAUUGUCAUGGUCUUCAUGUCCCUCUACUCAGUGUUGUACAUGUCAAGUUUACUUCCUGCCAAGAUGUUUGCAAUUGCAACGAUAAACAAAGCUGGGUGGGGCACAUCUGGAAGGAAAACCAUUGUUGUGAAUUUCAUAGGACUCAUUCCAGUCUCGGUUUGGUUUACAAUCCUCCUGGGUGGUGUGAUCUUCACCAUUUAUAAGGAAUCUAAAAAGCCAUUCUCAGACUCCAAGCAGACAGUUCUAAUUGUUGGAACAUUGCUCUAUGCAUGCUAUUGGGUUAUGCUUUUGACUCUGUAUGUGGUUCUCAUCAAUAAGUGUGGCAGGCGGAAGAAGGAACAGUAUGACAUGGUGCUUGAUGUAUGA